UCGAGUAACCCAAACAAUCCGCCAGACGCCGCUCCUCGCUUCGCACGCAACGCACGCACGCACACUGGCGCAAGCACAUACAAACAAAAAAUCAACAAGUCGCAUCUAUGGAGGGUGUUCGUGAUUGUUGCUGUCUGCAUUGUUAUUUGAGAGUUUAAAGCGAUUCGCGUUCGUCUAAUUUCCGCCAGUCUGCUCUUCUGAAGCUCUCCGAAGACCCUUCCACAGUCCAGGUCAAAGGGAUUUGCGUGUAUGAUCUCCCACGCUAGCAUGGAAGGCGACAGGCCUCUGAAUGGUGAUCUUCCGAGCUUCGUGCCGGUGGAGACGAUUCUUAAGGAAGACGUUUCUCCGAUCACCGUCGAAACCGACAAGUCGGGCUCGCUGAUGAUGAACCUGGAGACGCGCGAGUUGUUCCUCAGCAACGAUGCUGCGUCGCCACAGCAGCAACAGCAGUCGCAGCAACAGCAGCAACAACAACAGCAGCAACAACAGCAGCAGUUUGCGCUUUCUACUGUGCUUGAAAAGACCUCAAACCUGCCCAAGGAUAUAGACCUCGCAUCCAAGCAGUGGGACUGCAAUCUUUGCAGCCCGCUGCUGAAGAAGGCACUGCAGCGUGAACGGUUGCAGGCAAUGCGCCAAAACCCGUCGUACCGGGAGAUGGAGCGGCUGCGGCAGCGCAGCAUGAUGCAGCUCAAGCGGCAGGACCCUGGCUUCCGCGCCUUGGAACGGGAGCGGCAGCGGGCACGCAUGCAGCUGCGCCGGCAGGACCCAGGUUUCAGGGCCAUGGAACGAGAACGGCAGCGCAGGCGAAUGAGGCUGAAGCGACGAGACCCAGCAUUCCGGGAGCGAGAGCGAGAGCAGCAGAAGACGCGUCUCCUGGUGAAGCGCUCUGGCGACAAACUACCGGUGGCCCUGGACGUGUCGUCGUCCUCGUCCUCCACGGCAGCUUCCACAGCAGCCAUCACUCAAGCCUCCUCUUCGCAGCUGGCACUGCCUGCGCCACCUCACCAGCAAACCUCUGGGCAUGCUCUACAGUCGCACAUGCCGGCCCACCAUCCAUCUUCAUCGUCGCAUCCACAUUCGCAGCAGUCGACUUCUCAGCAGCACGGGAAAGGAGCCCUCAGCAAUUGCCUGGUGCCUCAUGACAUGCCGAAGCGAGAUGCCACGGCUCUGUACGGUCACCUGCAGCGAAUUGUUGGCUACCACAACCUGCUGCAGGCACGCCCUCCACACCCCGAAGAUCCCGGCUCAUCCUUCAAGAGUCCUUACUUUGGUGGGGAGCCGAGCAGCAGCUUGAUGGGUCGCCGCAUGGGUGGUCCCCAGGGCCACCACGGAGGUGGAGGGGGCAACAGCAGCAAGGGGGGGCACCCGUCUGGUGGGGGAGGCCGCCAGAAGGGCUUCCUGGAUGGAGGACCCUGCCAUCCUUUGGGUGAGAUGUUUGCUGCCUCAUACCCGACCAUGCGGGACCAGGGCCUCGCAGCUGCCGCAGGUGCACAGCCUUGCGGUGCCCUGGAUGGGCCUCCAUUGCUGCAUGCUGCCACGAGUGCCGAAGGUGGUGGCGGCCGAGGUAGCAGCAGCCACCCAGCGGCUCUGCUGGGGAGUGGGGGUGCGGACCUGCUGCCCUCGGUGCCUGACUGCCCCGAGUGCCUCGAGGCCCAGCGGCAGCGGUCGCAGUGUGGCCUCUGCCAGGGGCAGGACCAGCAGGCAGCAGCAGGGCGCCCCUCAGGCCGGCGGCAGCGCUCAUCUCGCCAGUCCACCGAACGCUUCCGCUGCACCGUCUGCUCCAAGGAGUUUGGCAUGAAGCACCACCUCAAGGAGCACUACAAGUCCCACGGUGACCGCAACCUGUGCUGCCCGCACUGUGACUACCGCACCUGCUACGGAUAUGCGCUGCGCCGGCAUGUCAUCAUCCGUCACGACCGGCCUGCAGCUCGCCAGGCGCAGGUCAUCCAGCAGCUGACCGUGCAGUGACAGACAUCUUGCAUGUGCUCCUUCGUGCUGUGACUGUUCAAUCCUGAUGCAAGUGUACAUGUCUGAGGAGAAACGAGCAGUGGUGCCUGGCUGGCACAUCACACCUGAGAGACAAAGAGUGACAAGAACGGUCAUGCGGAAAUGGCGGUCUCUUCCCACUUUCAAAGUGCUUGGCAGGCCACUUGUUUGCUCUUGGCACAUGACUGCCUGCUAGGAAAUUGCAAACAAUUUUCGCAAAAGACUGGGAGGAAUGAGGGGGUCACACAAAAAGAACAGGAUGGCCAUUGCAUGUACAGCUCCGCUACAUUUCUGCUGUCCCUGUUCCCCCAUAAAGCAAUUGUUGCCACAGUGUGAGCAUUAUGGGCUGCGCUGUUCAGCACAGAGGAUGUAAAACAUCCUGUGGCUGCUAAGCUCGCACCAAGCACCCAGGUGUCUUUUCAACAUCAGUCAGACCUGUUUCCAAGUUAACUUUGCAUUCCAACUUGUACCAGUACAAUGAGUGAGCGCUGCAGCAAGCAACAUUGUUGUGGCCACCUCGCUCGCAAUCACAAGUUUUGUGCAGAUUGGCUGUCGUCACUCCGGGGGGUCUAGUCAUGCUCUGUGCGAUGAGCGAGGCUCCCAGGCUUAGCAAGGCUUGUGCUUGCAGCCACAGUAGUGCCUGCCACAUACAGUGGUUCUGCCCUGUGAGGAUGCUUUCCAACACUGCAUAACGAUGUGGUGGAGCUGCGGUUGUCCUGAACAUUAGAGUUGUGCGACUUGUGAUGGGAAGGCAUGAAUUACGAAGGGACAAAGCACUGUCAAUGUCACACUUCUGCGAUGCUCUGUUCACGCAGGAUUGAGACAUGAAGAAAGCGCUCCCUCAAACCUGUGACUAUGAAAUAUGAGCAUAAACAUAUGCAAUUGGGAUGCUUUAUUUACGUUGUGCUGCAUUGUAGUUAAAAUUGGCAAUAAUUGAUAUUAUAUAUUGCAUUAAGCUCAGUUCACAAGAAGCUUCAGAGCGGGCAUGGCACAAUGCAAACACAAGAUCCUGGCAUAAGGGGUGCUUGCAGGUUCUGUCAAGCACAAUGUACUGCUGACAAAGGGAAUGAUAUAAAUGGACUUGAGCAGUUUUAAUGGGUUUUAAUUUGUAAGUAGUAAAGAACCCAUUGCUGUAUCGAAAUUUUGUAACAAAAGUUUCUGCAUAAGGGUAUCGUGCUGCACAUUCUAAAUGUAUAAUUUUUUUUUUUGGGGGGGGGGGGGGCUUACUCACUGUCUGCUGUGCAUUCGUCACAGCCACGGGUCUUGAAUUUUUGCCAUGGUAAAUGAAGGCAUGUAAGGUGUAUUUUUCAAUUUUAACUUACUUGGUGACAGAGUAAUGGAGCUUCUGACAAUGUGCAAAAUGAGGCCCCUCAGUAGUCUGAGCUUCCUGUAAACUGCUGUGUACAGUCUGUAUGUCCAGUACUGGGUUGUCUUGUACAGUCGGGCAUCCUCACAAAGCAUGCUGUAUUUUGUGGUUACAAUGUGUUGCACUGAAAAACACUUAAGUAACUUUAGAUGAGCAACUUCAGGAACUGUUUACAGCUCCUAAAGCGGUGUGCGCCUUUUUGUAAAGUCCGACAGAAGUAAUGCAACGAUUGCAGGGUUUUACGUUCAUAUAUUGGGCGUUUCAUUUUUGUUUCAUUUUUAACCGGAACAGUCUGUGCAAUGCAUGACAGAUCAUAAUCAGAAACAUUUUGGGUACAAUUCAUACUAGACAGAGCGGGAAGACAGUUCCAUCCAUGCGUUUUCAGUUUGUUGAUGUCCCUUGUUCAUACUGUAACCUCCACAUACUGUUGUCUUCACUGCUGCCACAUAUUUAAUUCAUAGUGAAUAGAUUAAUCACUUACUGCCUUGACUGACGGUGACUUUCUUUUUUUUCCAUUCACUCUUGCUUCAAUGGCCAUACUGUGUUUCAGUGAACAUAAGAAUUGUUUUUCUGGGUGAUAUAUGUGCGCACAAUCUACCAGCCAGCCCCUUGUUACUGUGAAAAUUUUUUUGGAACAGGGAGGAGGCAUUACCAAAAUUUAUGUAGGUGUACUUUUGGUAUUUUCUUGAACACACCAGCAAGGAAUUUUUCUCAUGUUAUAUUGGUUUUCCUGCACUUAACUGUCUGGCAUAACAGAAAAAGUAUUAUGCUUAUGCAGGAGAAAAACAAUCCUUUCAGGGCAGCCACAUCAGUAAAAACAAGUGGCAGCUUAGUAGAUUAGUUAGUUGCAUGCAGAUUUCCUUACCUUAUUGUACACAGUCGGCAAAAUGGGCUGUGUUCCUUGAAAGCAUGUACAUCGGAUUUAUCGUCAACAUCUACGGUAGAGCACCCAUGACAGUAAUCAUGCCUCCCCUGUGUCACGUUGGACAAGUGUUAAUAUAUGCACCCUCAUCAGGUGCAUUCUCGUCAUAUGUACAUUCACACAAAACCCAGAGUCGAAGAAUGCAGCGUGUGCAGUAAAAAGAAACAGUUGUGUGCUCUACAAACUACGUACGGCCCAAGCUCUCCUAUAAAGGCUCGUUGAUCAUUUGACGACUAUUGAUGCACGCAAGUUGGCUCAGGGUGCAUGUAGUGCACAUAGCAAUCUUGCUUUGUCGAUCAAAUUUGCCAGCAUUGCCUUUUUUUCUGUGCGUGUGCCGAUGUUGACAGGCAUUGUAUGGCAUUGCACGCAUACUCUGGCUUAACAAACUCCAUUUACAUUUUUCUUUAUUGCGGGUCCCUUCUUUUAUCAUAGAGUAAAAUAACAAUGUACAUCCUUGCAACCAGUCUUACGAAGCGCACUUUCCGCGACUUCAUUCUGCACGUGAAUUCAUCAUUGAUCUGUAUUGCAUAACCAUUGUGUGUAAAUGUGUAAAUAAACAUAUUUGUAGUUUGGA